GGAAAUCACUCUUAAAAAAAAGGCAUGCUCAUUAGAAAAAAGUGUCCAUUAACGUACAGUUUUAAUUAAGGAAAUUAAAUCAGCAUUGACUUGCAGUAUUGAAUUGUUUAAGUCUUUACCAAACUUGGCCAAAGAUCAUAAGCUCGUGUAUCACGGGGAAGCUGUCACCCUCAAUCCCCUCAUCUUCUGUGUUUUACAUUAUCCAAUCCCUUUCUUUGAAACAGCAUAUGGUCCAAUCCAAGCAUGGGUUUCUUGACCGUCUUUUCUCUCCUCUCCCUCAUCAUGAUCCUCUUCCAACCCCCCCCCCCCCCAACUCGCAGCGACAGCCAUCUCCAUCCAUGAAAUUCUCCCUGCAUUCGGGCUCCCAAGGGGUCUCUUACCCGACGCAGUCAAGAACUACACCUUCUCUGCUGAAGAUGGCAGCUUCAUGGUGGAACUCGAAAAGCAGCCUUGCUAUGUGCAGUUGGAUGAGUACUUAGUCAGCUACGACGAGCUCAUAUCAGGCACCCUCAAGCUGGGAUCAAUCACUAACUUGGAGGGAGUUCGGGUGAAGUGGUUACUGCUAUGGCUCAAACUUGAUGAGAUUAAGGUUGAUUUGCCUCCUAAUGAUAACAUUUACUUGCAAUUUGGUCUUGUCAACAAGAAAGUUGAUGUUCAUCAGUUCCAGACGAUUCAUUCUUGUACUUCUCGGCAUUUGUGGAUGUUAAAGGUGCAACGGUUUCCAACUCAAGUUGAUGAAAUGCCAAAUUAUGUUAUGGAAUGAAUAGUGUCAACUACUUCUUAAAGGGUCUAUUAUUUGGAUUUUCUAAUGCACGUGCUUUAUUGUACGCCUAAUAAUUACCUCAUUUAAUAAAAUGCAUAUGAAAUCUUUUGCUCA